CUGUUGUACUUGAGCAUUUUAGGUUGAGUACUAUAUUUCAUUAAUGUGUUGCAGAUGUAUCGUAGAAACUUGUUGGAUUAAUCAUGGACCUUUUAGAAACUAUUUCAUCACCACCAAUCCAGCAGAAGUACAUGGAAAGGAUUCGAUCGCAAAUUAUAUGUUUGCUACAAGGAAAGAAAUAUAAUGCAACUACACAACCGCGUUUGCCCGUCCUGGACAAAAUUUUGUCUUCGACCGUGUCUUCAUCUCUGAGUCUAUCACAGUCGUGCUGCGAUUUGUUGGAAACGCUUGUUAACGAGGGUUUCGUGGAAAGCAAAUACGCCAGCCAGCAGCUUCAUGCUGUUAUUGCAUGUUCUUUAGACUCGACGGACUCCUCAACAGUUGCUCACAUCUCGCCAGCGUUUUCGUUACUGCCUCGAGUGCAUCCAGUCACAUCCUUCACUCACCCACUCAUCUUUCUUUUAAAUGAAUACCCUAUGGUGUGGCCCUAUGUUUCCUGCAUUUUAGAAGCUUGGUUGAAGGAAAGAAAUGAUUUGCAACGUUUUGAAAGAUCAGUUAGUCGCAUGGCAGCUGAAGAAGUGACACUACAAACUAGAAAUUCACUGCGAUUCGAAGAGAUCCAGUUUAUUGUCUUGGACAUCAUGUUGCGAGCUGAGUGGCCUAUAGAACAUGCACUAUUAAGAAUGAGAAUCAAUCAAUUGCUUCUAAGUGACUUUAGCCGUUGGCGAUCGCUGAUAAAUCUCUACACACGUUGGCUGCCCGGUUCAGUACCAUCAGUUCAUCUACUCCAGCUGGGCCAACUGUUGUCCGAUAAUUUGGGUUCACUUGGAGGGCUCUCCUCGUUGGUAGCAGCUCUGGUUUUCCUACGAGAUGCAGCGACGAAGAAAGAUGCCGAUUUCUCCUUUGUAAUAUUUACAGCGCUGCAAAUUGCUAGCAACCUCAAGGAGGGAGACCAAUCGUCCCACCCUUGUGUCACCUUGCUCCUUUGUGUGCUCCUGACAACCUGCGGUCGUCUCUAUGGGCUACUUCUCCUUGAACUAGCCCGAAUCCUCUUUUAUAAACGGCUUUUACCAGGAGUACAUCACCUCGCACUUUCUCUCUGUCACUCAGCUGUAGCGGGACAUCCAACGGCCAGAAAAAUUAUUUUGGAUAUAAAAAACGAAGGUUAUGGGGACUCGAAAGAUGCCUAUGUUGGAUUCAUGUGUUCAAAGUCUUUACGCACAGUUCCAAGUGAUCUUUUACCCUCAUUGAUGAUGUAUGAUGAUGAUGAUGGAAAGACAAAAGCAGCAGUUCCAAGGAAUAUUCCGUCUUCGCUUCGGGGCCUACUGGUAGCUGGAAAGGUGGUCGCGUGCGCUGGACCGCAGCUUCCGUCUUGGAUUCGCAUCCUUAAAGCUCUCUGUUGCGCUGAUUCUAAUAACUCUUGCCUGGCGUUCUUCGCGAUCGGUAUGCGUCUUGAUGCAGAAAUGUUUCCGAAAAAUAUUUUUUCUCUCUUGGAAUCGUUACCUCAUAUAGCUACCAGUAAGAUGUCUGCUGUAUUGAUCCGCAAUAUGCUUAUUGCCAUGUGGAGUGGCGGUGUAUCGGGAGCUUCUGCAGUCUCACUCUCGAGUUUAGCCGUCGUUUUGCUUUCACGCUUGUACGUGCGUCAUAAUGCUUUAAUACUACCUACCUUGCUCCGUGUGAUCAGUAGUGGCUCUGAGGAUGUUCAGCCUAGCUUGGCGCUUGCUGUUGCAAAAGCUCAGGCAAUAAAAACCGUCAUACAACACAGCCCAUGGUUACACGGCUGUGAUAUGCUUCCGUGGUUGUGCCGGUUGAUGACUGUCCGAUCGCCGGAAAUGACGGCUAUAUUUCCGCUGUGUUUGGAUGGUGUUCGUACUUUAAUUGAGUGCAAAGUCGUUACUCUGUCGUCAUUUAUAGAGAAAUUUUCCGAAUGCUUCUUCACCGAUUCUAGGCCUCAGGUCAGGGCUGCGUUUUAUGAAUUGAUCGGGCACUCGAUCUUGCGUGGCACUUCUGAGGGUGAAUUGAUUGCAUACCAGAGAAAGCUAUGGGUAUCCUUCUUCGACCAAAACGAACACAACAUUGUAAGGGCAUCAUGUCUUGAUGCGCUUGCUUAUUUUCCCGAAAUUUCGAUCGCAGCUCUUCCUGAAAAGGAGGUUUGCAAACUCCGGCUGACGCUUGAGUUUUCAUCACUGAACUCGUCAGAGGAGGGUUCUUUAGCUGUACCAGCAUCGUUCUUUACUGUAGGCCCGGUGGCCAACAUCUGCAGUCAUUCGAACUCUGCGCUUCUACAGAAAGCCUUCUCAAAUUUUAUUAGUACUCGUAUACGGCACGAGGUUAGAUGUUUACCAAGGAGUGCCAUAACGGUUCGUGAGGUUCAUCAAUCAUCUCGAAGUAUUCAGCAGAUUCGUACCUACUCCUCAAGUCUUGCACAGAUCCCGAGACUGCAGCAGAGCCUUUUCCAUCAAAAUGCUCAUGAUAUCCAACCGCAGGCCGCCGCUGGCCUCCUGCUAACAUACAAUCCUCCAGUAAAAACUGACCAAGGCGGAGCAGCAAGUAAAAACGCUAUGAUACAACAUUCCAACUCGUUUCUGGCGAUGUUCCGAUCUCUACUUGAAACCGUGCCUCUUUUUAAUGCAAAAGAAUGGUUUAUGUCGCUCACCUGUCUACCACAGUGGCAUUUGCUUGUUGAAAGGGCUUUCGUGUCUUUAACCAAUGCUCGUAAAGCGGAGAGCGGCAGCAAUGAACAAUCGAAACUACUUGCCUCACUAUGGGCCCGCGACCAAUUAAGCGCCGUCGCAGCAGAGGUUGGUUCGGGAAAUGGCCUAAUUGCCAUAUGCUCUCUCGUAAGUCUCACGUACGAGUAUGAGAAGACUUUGAAACUCAAGGAGCGACUUCAGAUGGAUAGUCAACAUCUAUACAACAUUCUUGGCGUCAAAGAUCAUAAAUACCUUAGCCAUGCGGAGUGGCCAGUCAGAGCACUUAGAAGCCUUCUUUGCCUUAUUCAGAGAAGGCCCAUAGAUGAUGCAUACUUUGCCCAACUGCUGGCGAAGUUUACACGCAGCGCAUCAUCAACGGAGAAGGCCAUUGGCGCAAUAUUGUUUUCGCUUCACCAAAUGUUGCCGCUGCUGCAAUCGCAAGGCUUACUUCGUGAUGCCCUUAAAUGCUUUUCGAUUAAAGCUCAACACCAGGAAUUCCUUGCUGCUGUUGGGGCAGGUUUGAUGAUACAAAAAUGCAUGUUUCACGGAAUCUUUGAAGUAGCUGAAGAUGUUCGAAGAAUAUGUGAGGACAUCGUUCAGAAACUGGAGGCAUGGGCUCUUGAUGGGAAGAGCGGGACGGUGACCAGCCCAUCGUACCUGUUUGGAACGACUUUGGCAAUGAGCAGUUUGUGCGCUCUUCGUAUGUUUCAAUCACCUGCACGGUCUUUUUGCGCUCGCAUUGUCGCUCUUCUUGGAGUGUCUUCCCCUCUGACACUAAAGCCAACUCUUGGUCCUGUGUCGUCUGGCGCCGUCACGCAAACGCGUCAGCCUGUCCUUUCAUCGAGCUCUAGCGAUUCUCGGUGGACGUCUCACGAAAACGACUUUGACUAUUUGGACGAGAUAGCACUGUGCUGCGCUGUAAUGGCAAUCAAUGGAAGACAAUUUGUUUUAAAAAGUUGCGCAGGCCAAGACAGGUAUGGGAAUGAUGGAGAUGUUGGUGAGCAGAAAUCUUUGCGCGAUUUGGCGGAAUGGUUAACUCAGAGGAGGGCGCAAGUUCCAAUGAACGCUGGAGUGGCAAUCGCGCUUGGUCUUAUAUUACACAAUAUGGCACAGUGUGAUGCUGCUACUAAAACACUCCUAUCACAACAAAGGAUAGGACAACUACAAGAUCAGAUAACUGGUGCACAUGACCCAGCCUCGAGGACGAAAGCUGGACAUAUUGAGAGUCACCGUCUGGUAGAAGCCCUACUAACAAAGGUGUGGUUACCUGUGGUUGCAAACGCCCACGAAUCAAAUGGUCACAAAAUCGCGGCCGUCGAGGGUAUUGCCGCUCUUACCGGAGCUCUAGACCAUCUCAUAGUGCAAAGCGCCGAACUUCCAGAUGGGAACGUAUGGUGUGAAAGCAAUGUGCUCACCCACGACGUUACCUUAACCCUCCUUGAUGCCAUGAUCCGUGAUGUAAAUACGAUGCCGCAAAAUGUAUCAAAUACAGCAACUUUGAAAGCCCAUCAUAUUUGGACGCUUGGUUUGUUUCAUCGGGCGUUAACGCGGACCUGCGGUGUAGACCCAGUAGCCAGCUACCCUCCUAUUUUGAAUCUUGGCUCCAACGACAGGGCUAGUUCACUUCUCGCUGAAACAGUCACAGCUGCAGAUAAAGAUAUGACAGCCUUUGGACUAUUGGUGGAUGGUCUGGGUCAAUCGUUUGAUUCUCCUCUCCCUUGCUUCGCAUGGAUCCAGUUGCGACAACAUUUGUACAACCGCGGUACCCAAGGCGCGCAAAUUCAACGGGCUCUUGUCAUUUUGGCUGUUGAAAACGCCAAAUUAACUCCAAGUUUAGUUCCCCUGCUUGAGGCCAUUAUUAGCUCUGCUGUACUUGACGUACUUGAGGAGUUUUGCAAAAACUUCUUACUGGACCGCUUGAGACUUGUGCUGGAGGUUUGCGAUCCAAGCAAAAUUGGCCCUUUUCUUUCACUUUAUAAGGACCAAAGGGUUAACAGUGAAGAUAUUCAAGUAGCCGAGGAGGCCUGGAAAUUGCUUGCAUCGUACCUUGAAAAUUCGGCAGCCAAUUCAACAUUAGUAUACCUCAUACAAGAGAUGAUUUGCUACGCUCUGCCGUCUUGUAAAGCGCGCCACUAUGUUGCGGCAUGCCUUAUCAACUUCAGGGAUGUAACCCUGCGUGAUCUCAUACUGAAAAGCCUGCUUGCUCAAGAAAAGCUGACGCUGAAGAGGGCUCUUGAGCUUCGUAUGACUCUAGCUGGCGUGAUUGAAAUGGCAGAUGUUGAAAAUCCUUUCACGUUUAUUGGCGCGAUGAGUAACAGCGAGUUUACAGAGUUUUCUAUUGAGUGCGCAUCUGUCAACUGCGCUGGUCCUGUCGUCGAGAAUUCCGUGAAAUGGUUACUCGAGAUCCUUCCACGUGGACAACCUUCUUGCCGUUCGUUGACUCUACUUUCUUUAAUUGCCAACAUGAUGAUCCAACCUAGCGACUGGGAGGAUGGGAGAAUUGAAAUAUCCAGGACAGAACAACAAAUAAUGCUCCUGCUUCCCUAUAGAAUAGACCAAAUGAUGCGAAGCAAAAUUUGGGGAACAGCUGCCGUGGAACAUAUAUUACAAUGGUUAAUCUCAGUUUUGGAAAACACCUCGCCAUCGAAUGAUACGUACGCGGUGCUUCAUGAUACCCUCAUGGCUCUACGGGAUAAGCCGGUCUUGAGGAACAAUAGAACGAUGUGGACCAGGGCCGUAAAGCUGACCUUACCUAGCUCAAUUUAGCCUGCAAUAUACCGCUAUUAAAAAGGUAGUAAGGGAGCAGGCCGACGAGGCAUGAAUAACAAUGCAUUUAUAGAAUUUCCCGAAAAAAUAAUGGCACAAUA